AUGCCUUUGGGUCUGGUUGGACCAGAGGGCAUCUUGCAGAAUGGGGCUGUGGAUGACAGUGUGGCCAAGACCAGCCAACUGCUGGCUGAGCUGAACUUUGAAGAAGAUGAAGAAGACACAUACUACACCAAGGACCUCCCAGUCCACGCCUGCAGUUACUGUGGAAUCCAUGAUCCUGCCUGCGUGGUUUACUGCAAUACCAGCAAGAAGUGGUUCUGCAACGGCCGAGGAAAUACUUCUGGCAGCCACAUUGUGAAUCACCUGGUGAGGGCCAAGUGCAAGGAGGUGACGCUGCACAAGGACGGGCCGCUGGGCGAGACGGUGCUGGAGUGCUACAACUGCGGCUGCCGCAACGUCUUCCUGCUGGGCUUCAUCCCUGCCAAGGCCGACUCGGUGGUGGUGCUGCUGUGCAGGCAGCCCUGUGCCAGCCAGAGCAGCCUGAAGGACAUCAACUGGGACAGCUCCCAGUGGCAGCCCCUGAUCCAGGACCGGUGCUUCCUGUCAUGGCUGGUCAAGAUUCCCUCGGAGCAGGAGCAGCUUCGGGCACGGCAGAUCACGGCACAGCAGAUCAACAAGCUGGAGGAGCUGUGGAAGGAAAACCCUUCGGCUACCCUGGAGGACCUGGAGAAGCCAGGUGUGGAUGAGGAGCCACAGCACGUGCUCUUGCGGUAUGAGGAUGCUUACCAGUACCAGAACAUCUUCGGGCCCUUGGUCAAGCUAGAGGCUGACUACGACAAGAAGCUGAAGGAGUCACAGACUCAAGAUAACAUCACGGUCAGGUGGGACCUGGGCCUUAACAAGAAGAGAAUCGCCUUCUUCACUUUGCCCAAGACUGACUCUGACAUGCGGCUCAUGCAGGGUGACGAGAUCUGUCUGCGGUACAAAGGGGACCUAGCACCCCUGUGGAAGGGGAUUGGCCACGUCAUCAAGGUCCCUGACAACUUAACUCAGCGGCCAGAUUACGGUGAUGAGAUUGCCAUCGAGCUCCGCAGCAGCGUGGGCGCACCCGUGGAGGUGACCCACAACUUCCAGGUGGAUUUCGUGUGGAAGUCGACCUCCUUUGAUAGGAUGCAAAGUGCGCUGAAGACCUUCGCUGUGGACGAGACUUCUGUGUCAGGAUACAUCUACCAUAAGCUGCUGGGCCACGAGGUGGAGGAUGUGGUCAUCAAGUGCCAGCUGCCAAAGCGGUUCACAGCUCAGGGGCUCCCCGACCUCAACCACUCUCAGGUGUAUGCUGUGAAGACCGUGCUGCAGAGACCACUCAGCCUCAUCCAGGGCCCUCCAGGCACAGGCAAGACGGUGACGUCGGCCACUAUUGUCUACCACCUUGCUCGGCAGGGUAACGGGCCUGUGCUGGUCUGCGCCCCAAGUAACAUCGCUGUGGACCAGCUCACAGAGAAGAUCCACCAGACAGGCCUGAAGGUCGUACGUCUCUGUGCCAAGAGCCGCGAGGCCAUUGACUCCCCAGUGUCCUUCCUGGCUCUCCACAACCAGAUCAGGAACAUGGACAGCAUGCCCGAGCUGCAGAAGCUGCAGCAGCUGAAGGACGAGACGGGUGAGCUGUCGUCUGCAGACGAGAAGCGGUACCGGGCGCUCAAGCGCACAGCGGAGAGAGAGCUGCUCAUGAACGCAGAUGUCAUCUGCUGCACUUGUGUGGGUGCUGGUGACCCAAGACUGGCCAAGAUGCAGUUCCGUUCCAUCCUCAUCGAUGAGAGCACACAGGCCACCGAGCCUGAGUGCAUGGUGCCCGUAGUCCUUGGGGCCAAGCAGCUGAUCCUCGUGGGUGACCACUGUCAGCUGGGACCAGUGGUGAUGUGCAAGAAGGCAGCCAAGGCCGGACUGUCACAGUCGCUCUUUGAGCGCCUGGUGGUGCUGGGCAUCCGGCCCAUCCGCCUGCAGGUGCAGUACCGCAUGCACCCCGCCCUCAGCGCCUUCCCGUCCAACAUCUUCUACGAGGGCUCACUGCAGAAUGGCGUCACUGCAGCGGAUCGUGUCAAGAAGGGCUUUGACUUCCAGUGGCCACAGCCUGACAAGCCCAUGUUCUUCUACGUGACACAGGGCCAGGAGGAGAUUGCCAGCUCGGGCACGUCCUACCUCAACAGGACGGAGGCAGCCAACGUGGAGAAGAUAACUACAAAGCUGCUGAAGGCGGGCGCCAAGCCUGACCAGAUUGGCAUCAUCACACCGUACGAGGGCCAGCGCUCUUACCUGGUGCAGUACAUGCAGUUCAGUGGCUCCCUGCACACCAAGCUCUACCAGGAAGUGGAGAUUGCCAGUGUGGACGCCUUCCAGGGCCGGGAGAAGGACUUCAUUAUCCUGUCCUGUGUGCGUGCCAACGAGCACCAGGGCAUCGGGUUCCUGAAUGACCCUCGGCGUCUCAAUGUGGCCCUCACCAGAGCGAGAUACGGCGUGAUCAUCGUGGGAAACCCGAAGGCGCUGUCGAAGCAGCCGCUGUGGAACCACCUGCUGAGCUACUAUAAGGAGCAGAAGGCGCUGGUGGAGGGGCCGCUGAACAACCUGCGGGAGAGUCUCAUGCAGUUCAGCAAGCCCCGCAAGCUCGUCAACACCGUCAACCCGGGGGCCCGCUUCAUGACGACAGCCAUGUAUGAUGCCCGGGAGGCCAUCAUCCCUGGAUCCGUCUAUGACCGCAGCAGCCAGGGCCGGCCCUCAAACAUGUACUUCCAGACCCACGACCAGAUUGGCAUGAUCAGCGCAGGUCCCAGCCACGUGGCCGCCAUGAACAUCCCCAUUCCCUUCAACCUGGUCAUGCCUCCCAUGCCGCCACCGGGCUACUUUGGACAGGCCAACGGGCCGGCUGCUGGCCGGGGCACCCCAAAAAGCAAGACUGGCCGUGGAGGCCGCCAGAAGAACCGCUUCGGGCUUCCUGGGCCCAGCCAGACCACCCUUCCCAACAGCCAGGCCAGCCAGGACGUGGCCUCGCAGCCCUUCUCGCAGGGGGCCCUCACGCAGGGCUACGUGUCCAUGAGCCAGCCCUCCCAGAUGAGCCAGCCCGGCCUCUCCCAGCCCGAACUGUCCCAGGACAGCUACCUCGGUGAUGAGUUUAAGUCACAGAUCGACGUGGCCCUCUCGCAAGACUCCACGUACCAGGGAGAGCGGGCAUACCAGCACGGCGGGGUCACCGGGCUGUCCCAGUACUAGAAGGUGGCGGCGGAAGCGCUAAGCUAUGUGGCUUAGUCUAUCAGCAUCUUAUUCUGGGUAAUAAAAAAUAAAAAUAAAUGGAUACCUGUUUUCCACUGCUAAAACUGAAGCACCACUGUGUGAGCAGCCGAGGAGAGGAGAGAGGAGCGAGAGCGAGCGGAAGCGGCCAGGGAGGACGACGGAACGGAGCGCCGAGGAGCGGGCGCCCCCUGCGGGCGGCGAGAGGAGAGAGGCCCGCAGCGCUGCAAGGCCGGCCCGGCGCCGCGCCCGCCAGAGGGAGAGGCCUCGCCAGCACCGGCCCGCUGUGCUUUUUCUUUGUUUCUCGUGAUUGAGGGGCUACGUUUUAGCAGGACGAACUUCGCGGCGUUUCUGUGCCCGAGCGGGCGGCCAGGAGCGUCAUCGCGCGGUCCCAGCGCUGAGGGGUUUCAUUUAAAGAAAACACGGUGUUUAGGGUUUUGGUUUUUUUUGUUGUUGCUUUUUGUUUUUUGUUUUGUUUUUUUUUUUUUCUCAAAGAUUCUUUCAAAGGAGUAUGGCAAGUACUUUGAUCAGUUUGUCUCUAAGACCUUAGUGGUGGACCUGGGAGAUGCAAGAAGCUUCCAGAGAGGCAACGCCGAGAAGCCUGAGCCCCGCAGCCUGGGAUCAUCGCCUGCACCGCGCGGCCAGAGGAUUGGUUUGAAUUGGAGCUUCAGAGGCCCCAGGCGGAUCCUGAGCCUCCUGAGCCUGACCAAUGCGUGACAGCCCACAGGUUCUUCCCCAGCGUGGGUGGAGGCCUCAGUGCUGGGCGCCCCGCCCCGGCCCCCCAACCUCUACCCCGCGGCGGCCACCCGACCCCUACCCAGGCACACCUGCGCCAACGCAAUGGAACUUAAUUUUUGGUCAAAUUUGUUUUAAGCUUUUUGUCACCAAUAAAACAUGAACAAAUGG